CUUCCGAUCGGCAUAAAUUUAUUUUUCUAUCUCUAUUGUAGCCCAGCAUGCUAACCGAACAUAAUUUUGUUGACAUUAUUUUACAGUAAUAAUCACAAUUGGCUUGCUUUGAUAUUUAUUUUGUUGUUCACAAGUAGGAGAGGGAAAUAUUCCUGCUACCGAUUAUCCAGUCAGGAAAAGCCUUACAGAGCAGCAUCAUGUCUGCAGACCUGGACCUGUCCCCUCCUGAGGUUCCUGAGCCCACAUUCCUAGAGAGCAUACUGCGCUAUGGGCUGUUUCUUGGUGCCAUCUUCCAGCUCAUCUGCAUUCUGGCUGUGAUCUUCCCCACAUCCAAGGGCCAUGAACAAGAGGAGGCUGAAUACACUGACAGCAAGGCCGCAGAACAGAUGAAGAAAUCCAAAGGACCUGCACCUCAGAUUAGACAGAAACCAAAGAAAGAGAGCAAAAAGAAGCGAUAGAUCCUUGUGUCCAUGUUGGUGUGUGUGAAUGUGUGCGUAUUCAUGAGUGAGUCAACAUAAGCAGUUAUUGUUACAGUUAUCACUACAGGUGUUUCAAACACUAAUGUCAACAGUAGAAGUUGACUUGAAUUUAGGACACUUGACAUUGAACCAUAAACCCUGGUCACAUUUAUUACAGUAUUACUCUUUCACUAACUUCAUAUAGGCCUGUGGGAAUAAUUUCACAUUUUCUCUUGUUUAUUCCAAUAUGAAAUGUUUUUGUAAUCAAAACAGACAACUAAAUAAUGUAUGUAUGUGCUACCAUUAGCUCCCCAUUCACUGGUAAAAUGACUCAGAAUGACAUCAUGUUUUCUCUUUAUCCAUUGUAUUCAUUUUAUUUAAUACAAUUCAUCAGUUAAUAUUUUCUGUCACUACAACAGCCCCUCUUCACAUUUUUUUUUUACUAAUUGCGAAAGAAUAAAAUACUCACUGUACAU